AAUGGAUCCCAGCCAUACUGUGUUGCUGUUCAGUGUCCUGCUCUGCAAAACUUGACAAAUGGCUUUGUCAGCUGUGGAGAAGAUGCUGAUAUGAGGUUCAGCUACAAAAACAGCUGCAGCUUCAGCUGUGACCAAGGUUACCAUUUAGUGGGAGCCAGUAGAGUGACCUGCACAUCAGGAGGUACAUGGAAUCAGCAGAUUCCUCACUGUGAAGCCAUCCUUUGCCAGAAUCCAGAGAGAGAAGCUCCCCUCAUCAUGCAGUGCAGUGAAUCUGUGACCGAACUGCGACCAAACUCCACCUGCAGCUUCAGCUGUGAAGAAGGUUUUGAACUGCAGGGAGCAAACACCAUCAAGUGUUCUGAGGACGGACAGUGGAAUAAAAACACACCUACAUGCAAAGCGAAAGGAUGUCCUGCUCCAGAGGUGCCAACAAAUGGUCAGAUCAGCUGCAGCCCUUCUCUGUCUUCAUCUCUUAGUCAUGACACACCCCAUCCACUUGGCAUGGUUUGUCAUUUUACAUGUGAUGAAGGACAUGAGCUGCAAGGUGCACACAGCAUGGAGUGUACACAUCCAGGCCAAUGGACCUCCAGAUCACCAACCUGCACAGCUGUUACAUGUUUGUUGCUUGAGCCUCCUGAAAACGGUCACAUCAGUUGCUCCAGCACUGAGUCAGUUUACAACUCUCAGUGCUCCUUCACCUGUGACCAAGGCUACUCAUUAGAAGGACCUGAGCUGCUGACAUGUGGUCAUCAUGGCAACUGGACUGCAGAGAAACCCACCUGUCAAGCUCCUGCUCCAGUAGCUGCAAUUACCGCUGGUGUGGCAGCAGGGGCUACUGCCUUGUUCUCUGGUGUGUCUAUGGUUAUGUGGCUCUUGAAAAAAAUGAAGAAGAAAGCUGACACAUAUGAGCUGAGCAGCAACUCUGACACAGAGGCUCCUCUACAGAGCUACAAAACGCAGUGACAGCCUGAUGUAGAAGACACUUCUGUUCUUUGUAGACAACUACAGACAGUAUAUGUUUCAAAACAGCAAUGUGAAAAUAUGAAUCAUAUAUACUCAUUUAAAAGGAGUAUAAAAUAAGUAAACCCAGUGAGUGGAUGUGACAUUUGCAGA